UUACCCGAGGUGGUGAAAAAGAAGGGGGUAAUUUGGUGUUCCAUCAAAACGGCGUUCCAUAGUUAAAAGGAACAGUUUUAUACUUAACAUAUUGGGCUUCCAACUUAAUAAAAGACUUCGUCGAAUCGCUAGAACUUAAUAAAAAUUCGAUCUAGUAACGAAUAAAAAAAUUUCGAACGUUGUUCACAAACAAAUUUGAAACUAAAACCAGUUAAAACUUGUAUUCGUUACCUUGCUGAAAAAUGGAUCUAAAGUUGGCCGACAUCAGCUUGAUCUCAAAGUUAGGACAGAUAAUUGAAAAUAUUGUGAGCAGUGGUCUGAAACAUAUAGAUGAAUCAAAGAUGAGAGAAAUUAAAAACAUCUGUCGAAUUUCAGACAUGUAUGUGAAUGAAGCCUUCAAAAUUGUCAUGCACCAAUUGAGCAAAAUGCAUUCAGAGAUCCGUUUAUCAUCAUUGCUUAUAAUCAAAGAAUUAUUUCAAAGAUCACAUCACUUCAGAGAGCUCUUAAUUGCAGAUUUCCAAUUUUUCUCAAAAUUGGUGCUAGAGAUAGACCCUGAUGCUCCUCUGCCACCUCCUUUAGCAACACUGAAGCAAUUAAAAGUUCUCGCAACAAAAACAAUCAAAGAAUGGUAUGAAACCUAUGGAGAGACUUACAAGAAGCUUAAGAUUGGAUUUCAAUAUUUGAAGAACAGUAAAGUUGUUGAUUUUGAAGACAUGGAAGCUAGAUCAGUUCAGGAGAGACAAAAGAUGCAAGAAAAAGAGGCUAAGUUGACUGCUGUGAGACAAGCAAAACUGAAAGCCUUAAAUGAAGAAGUAACUACUGAAGAUAUUGAAAUUAAUGAUUGUCUUACACAAAUUGAAAAUGGGCUUGAGUUGUUGCUGCCUGAUGAAUUUGCUAUCAAGGCACCCAAUAGGUGUGAAGACCCAGAUAGUUCAGACAAAUGUGAUUUUAGGGCUCAUGGCAUAAGCAAUAACGCAACAUUCAGCCUUGUAAUCGAUGUCCAUCCCUUCCAAGUCAUCGAAGUAAGUCAACAUAAUCGGGAAAUAAUCAGAUGUAUGCAAGAUCAAUACCGAUUACUCACUGGUCGGUGGCUGCCUGCUGUUUUUAAGUGGAAUAUUACUUCAGCUAAACUAGGAGCUGAAGAAAAAUUGCAGAAAAGGAUUCUUGACUUGAAAAUCAAAGUGGAAUUGAUGAUAAAAAAAUAUCAAGAAACUAAUCUUGCAAGUUGCAAACUAGAAAGUGAUUUAAACAGCUCUUCCGAUUCGGAUUUAGAAACUGUACCUGAUUUGGACAGCUAUGAUGAAAAUUUAUCCUAUAUAUUGAGCACAACAAACGCUACAGUGGAAGCCAAGCCAGAAAACCAUGGAUCUUUACUCCGUAAAAGGUGUAAAAAAAACAACAAAAGGACGUUGCCUCUUGAUAUAGAAUCGUAUGCAACUUCGCAGUCUAGUGUACCGGCUCCAACAUUUUCGCAAAACACCGUUGAAAGCUACUGGGUUCAGGAUCCGGAAAGUUGCUCUUCAGCAACCAUAGACUUGGUUACUCAUCCCGUAGACUUGGGGGAAACUUUCUCUCCAGUUAAAUGGUCUUGCAGGGCCCAAUUACCAAAUGGCAAACUUUGUCUUAGAAAGGAUAGGAAAAAAUGUCCUUUUCAUGGACCAAUAGUCGCUCGUGAUGAACAAGGUCGACCCAAAGAUCCUUCAACACUGCGCACUACUGUAAAAGAUGCUGUACCCGAAUGGCAAGAUCCUACUUUACUUGCGGAAAUUAAGGCUGCAACGGGUGUUGAUUUAACCAUGCCAAUCAGAGGAAAACGCGUUAGGAAAAAUCCUUUUCCUAAUUUGACGGAUUUAAAGACAUUAAACAAUUCGUCGAGAUCUCGUCUGGAAAAGAAAGUUUUCAAAAGGCUGUGUCAUAAGUCAAUACAGAAAUUGAAUUUAUGAUUUAA